AUGAGCCAGCAGCAACCAAAGACCUAUUUCCAAAACGUGGAUACACAUGACGAGUACAAUGACGAAGGAGCUGCUGGCCCAGAAAUGACUGGAACACUUUCCAAACAAUUUCAACCGAAAAAGUACAAGGAUGGAAAUAAAAUGUGGAAUGCUGAGCAACCGGAAGAGACCUACUCAUACACUCCUUUCAAGGCAGCCACGUUGAACAGAACCCCAAAACCAACGAGAGAUUCAGUUCAUAGUGGAACUCUUCGGCCUCCGAAAAUGACUCAAUCACCAUUUAUCUACAGUACCGAUGCUCCAAUGGCUGCUCCUCCAUCAGCUCCAGCCACUCCAAGAAUGGGUAGACGUCCUGAAAGUGCAGCUGGAACAAUGACAAGAGAACAGAAGCUCACUUGGGGAAGACCACCAGCAGGUCAACAUUUCCGAUCUGCAUCUUCAAUGAGUCACGGAAGACAACCAAACCAUGGAAGUGAGUUCGUUCCGAUGACUGCUGCUCCACCAAUGCACCAUCCCAUGGCUCAACGAUUCCCAUCAUUUAAUACUAUUCCAAGAGGAGAUCCACAUCAGAUGGAAGUUAUGCAUGCUGCCCCAUUCUAUCCUCAUGGACCACCACAAGAAUUCCAAAUGCAUUCAAGACCGGCAUCUGCAGUACCGUCAAUGGGCCAUCCAGUUCCAUUAUCUCAAAUGGGAGCAUUUGUUCCACCAAUGCUCGAACAGAAGCCGUCUCCAAGAACAGUUGCAAACCAACUUGCACAAACAUCCAACUAUCUCAACUGGAACAUGAUCAGCAUUGUUUGCUGUCUCCAAGUAGUCGCCUGUAUUGCAAUUUUCUCAGUUGGUGUUCUUCGAAUUCUAUACGGAUCUCUUUGGGCUAUUGGAAUUGAGAUUAUCUUUGCCACCUUCGCACUAUUCCCACCACUCGUUGGAAUCUAUUCGGUUAAGAAGUAUAACUACUCCGCAGCUCUGUUUUGUUUUUCAACGAACGCUCUUCAAACUGUUUUUGCAGUUGUUCCUUUCCUUCUUGGUCUCUUCCCAGUUUUCCCAUACAUAUUCCCAAAAGUUGACGAAAAGUUGAUUAUCUCAGAAACUGAGCCAGUUCUUACUGACUUGGUUCUCAGUUUUCUUGUCAUUCUUGAUACGAUUUUGGCCUUCUACAUGGCAGUCCUUGGAUGCAGAGCAGGUGGAUCCCUGAUGAGUUCGGUCGAUGAGAUCAAACUCCAAAAAAAUAUGAAGGAGGCCUUUGAGAAUGGACAUGAUGGUUUCCCAUUCAAAAACAUCUAA